CGGACACCACUCAGCUGCAGAGAUGAGUAACCAAAGAGUAACCUAUGCAGAACUGAAUCUGGCUAAGGGCUCCAGGAGACAGCAAAUAAAACCUAAGGACACGAAGAGCCCCAUUUCAGUAACUGAGCAGGAAAUAACCUAUGCAGAAUUAAAUCUUCAAAACACUACACAAGAUAUUCAAGGGAGUGAUAAGAACUACCACUGCAAAGAUUUUCCAUCACCUCCAGAGAAGCUCAUUGCUGGGGUCCUGGGACUCAUCUGCCUUGUCUUGCUGUCCACUGUGCUAACAAUAGCUGUUACUCCCCCUACUGUAACUCCAGAGCAGAACAAUUUCCCUUUGACAACAGGGAUCCAGGAAGCAUGUCAUUGUGGUCGAUGUCCAAAGGAGUGGUUAACAUAUUCCAACAGUUGUUAUUACAUUGGCACUGAAAGAAAAGCAUGGAAUGAGAGUCAGAUGGCCUGUGCUUCCGAGAACUCUAACCUGCUUUAUAUAGAUAAUGAAGAAGAAAUGGAAGCACUUUACAGCCUCUCUUUGGCGUAUUUGAUUGCCAGUAUCACUAGUCUGGUGCUUUAG